ACGACAGCGUGCGUGAGGCUGCACUCGACCUGGCAUUGAUUCGCCUUUGACGCAUGCAAGGCGAGGUAGAUCAGACGUUUCUCUCGGAUUGUACGACGCCUCCUUUGCCCGUGGACUUCUGACUCCUGACGUGCCUGGCCCGUCGCGAGGGUGUGCCUGGGUUGCCGCUCGACCUAGCGUGAUUGCCCAACGAGCUCACCGCGUCGAAAGGUGGGACAUGAUCAUUGCGACGUGUAGCACUCCGCCCAUGGGUCGCCUGCCACCUCAUGAUGCAUAAAUAUUCCUUCACUCUGCUCUCGACCACACUCAAGAAUAACUCCGCACGCCGGCGGGUUGUGAGGUUGUGAGCCCCGCGUCUGAGCCAUGGACGAUUUCAAGCCUGAGCUUUUGAAGGCUCUCCUCGACUGGGUGAAUACGUUUGAACUCCCUGGUAGAGUAACAGCGUGGAAUCAGCUCGAAGAUGGACAGAUCCUCUGGCAGAUCCUCGCCGACAUUGACGCCGAUUACUUCAACGAGUCCCUCCCCAACUUCGAAGAGAGCCACCGCCGCGCGUCGGACAACUGGAUACCACGAUGGCAGAACCUGAAGCACAUCGAGCGCGCCGUGUCGACGUACAUACGGGAGGAAUGCGGGCAGCUGUCUGUCCUUACAAAACGCAUGAUACCAGACCUGAAGACAGGGGCUAGGGAUGGGUCGAUGAUGCUCACGGCCAAAUUAUCCAUGGCCGUCUUGCUUGCGUCAUGUUUCUCGCCCAAGAGCAAUCAGAGGAUGCUCCAGGUCAUGGCUCAACUCGGCCCCAAGACCGCCGAAACAAUCGCAGAAGCUAUACGGGAGAUGCAGUCGUUGGACGCCAGAAUGCAGGAGCUGGGCAUGGAUGCAGAACUAACACCGGAGCCAAAGCUUACAGGCUUCAGGACACCAACACGCAUUUCGUCUGGACCAGCCUCAAGAGAUAGCGAUCUGGAACAGGAGGCGUUGUUGUUUGAGGCGAAUAAGGAUAGACACGCCCUGAAGACGCAUCUUGGGAAGCUGAAGGAUGAGUUGGAGAGGUCUCGAGACAGGAUCACGCACCUGGAGGAUCAACUUGCUGAAGCUACAGUUGGGUUGGACGACCGAGCGACAACGCGUGCCGAUUCUGAUGAUGUCGAGCGAAUGCGAAACGACCUCACGCGCUAUUCACAAUACAUCGACCAGCUGGAGACGGACCUUGCCAAUGCUAGGGAUAUUCUGGAAAGCAAAAAUCGGCGUCUGGAGCGAUAUGAAGGGGAAGAGGGGACGAAGCAGGAUUUACGCGAUCAGCUGCAACUUGUCAAGGCCGAACGCGAUGAGUUGAACCAGAGGGCCAAGGCGAACGAAAACCUCAAAAAGAAGAUCGAGACGCUAACGAAGGAGACCAAACAACUGGAAACGCUGCGUGAGGAUUAUCAGCAGGCGCGAGAACGACUGCAAGUGCUUGAAAACAUAGAGGAGCGAUGCGAGGCGCUCGAGAAGGUGAACAAGGAGAACAGCCAGACUCUCGUCAACUGCGAACAAGCCAUCUUCGAGGAGAAGGGCAAGCGGACAAGGAUUGAGCACGAAAACCUACUACUCAUGAAGCAGCUCGAACAAACUCGGGAGUUGCAAUAUAAAGCGGAGGACGCCAAGAACGAGCUCGAAGACCGGAUACGAGAUCUGGAGUCGUCGAGUCACGACCGCGGUGGCAGCCUGGAGGACGAGUUGGUUCUCGAUGAGAACGCAAAGGAGGACCAUGAGAGUGGUAUGGACGGACGAGUGAGCGCAGACACGAUUGCUCUCCAGCAGAAGGUCGACAUCUUGAGUGCUCGUUUGAAGUCGCUGGAAACAGAGACUUUGAAACAAAUGCAGGAGAAUCUGGGGCUGAGGUCUGAUAUAAUGGCCGAGAAGGAUGAGGAAAGCCAACAGCCCUUCCUCGAGCAGAAUGACAAGCUACACAUCGCCGAACUCGAGCUCGAGGAACUACAUCGCAGGUUACGAGAGAAGGACUUGCAGAUGGCAGAGCUUCGCAACGAGCUCACCAAGAAAUCCGAUAUCAGCGAAGAUGAUAAAGCGGAGUUCAUCCAUGCCGAGCAUGAGCGCAUGUUGGGGUUGCAACAAAAAACGAACGAGAAACUACGAGAGCUUGAACUUGCUAACGAAGAGAAAACAAGCCUCCUGCGCGCCGCUCUGCUCGACCGGGAGAACCUGUCACCCGAGCUUCUCGAACUUAAGAGAGCCGAGACACUGCGGCAGAUUCGCGAGCAGAUUGAAUCGGUUGUCAAGGCACCUGCAGAAGUGCAGCCCAAGGUGCUUGAAACCACAUCCUCGGAGAUUGCAGAGGUCGUGCUGUCCUCGGAAGCGGCAUUAGACAAGGCAAAGAAAGAUCUACAAGAACAAAUCGCCACCACCAACAUGUUGCGCGAGCAGCUCGAGCAAGCGAAGAAGGAGACCGCCGAGAAGGGCUCGGCCGAACUCCAGCAAGAAGUCGAGAACCUACGCCGCGAAAACCAACUCAUCACAUCAGCAUGGUACGACAUGACAAUGCGCCUGCAGAGCAACACAGUCAUCCUGCAGCGCCGCAGCGACGCGCCCAAAAGCUGGCUCGGCAAGCAAAGGGCCGCUGUCGGCGGUAAUGGCAAUUUGGCCCGGAGGUAGCACCCCCUCGACCCCUCAAGACACUUUAUCCCGUUUUCGCUGUCCGCCGUUGUGCCGUUUUUGUUCGGGCAGGAGCGGGAUGAUGAGGUUUAGCAUGAGUAUGGGUAUGAACUUGGUAUGGUAUGGUAUGGUGUAGCUGGUUUUUUUCUUUCUCGUUGUAUUGCAUUGUGUCGUUGGGUCUUUUUGGUAACCCCGACUAAAACGCUUUUCUGGUUGUGGCUGGGGUGCAAGACGGUGUAUGUGUUAUUUCACACAUGGGGGUCUUUUCAUGGGAGUUUUUUUCACUAUACCCUGUUUUGUUGGUUGUAUGGAGUGGAGUGGAGAAGGGGGUUAGAUGGAUCGGUAGAGAUAUAUGAUUGCGAUGGAUAUAUACUGGUUUGUGGGUGUGAUAUCAUGCUGCAG